UUUUUCACUAAACCACUGUGUGGCUUCUCAUUGUUUGGCUAUAGUGCAAUUACAUUUUGGGUCGUUUCGACCGUCGGUAGGUGUGAUGAAGUAGGGCGUUGGGUGUUGUCGGUGACUGGGAGCGAGGACUGUGCGAAUACCUUUCGGAAUCAAGAUAUUGAUGGACAGUCAUUGCUUCUGCUGGUCGACAAUGCACAUCACAAUUUGGUAACAUUACUUGGUUUGAAACUUGGCCCGGUUGUGAAAAUUAUGAGCGCACUGAAGGAACUUUCUGCCAAGAGCAUCAAUGCUUCAUAA